AUGUCAAAUUAUGGCAAUAAUUUUAGAUGUGUCAAAAAACAGCUGUUAUGUGAUUUUGUGCUUACAAUUUUUAGUUUUGAGCUCUGAUUGGAAAGUUUUAUUUAUUAAUUAUUAUUCUUUUUAAAUAUGGAUAAUAUUAAUAUUAAAAAAACAAAAACGGAAGAUUUAGAAGUUACAGGGGUCUCGAGAAGCGGUAGAGUUAGAAAGAAAUCAUCUAAAUUGAUGGAUUUUGAAUCUCCAGAUGAAAUAGAAAGGAGUUAUGGUAAGAGACAACAAUCAGUACCAAUGAAAAGGGAUAACUUUGAAAAUACUCCUACAAAAAAGUCCUCUAAGUUUGAUGAUUCCUUCAUGAAAGACACAAGUCAGUAUGACAAUUUAAUGAAUCAAGAAGGUAUGAGUGAUUCUGAAUAUGGCAGUGAGUACGAACAACCAGCUACUAAUACUACAGAAUCUAGCGUUGAUGAAUCUGUUGAAUCUGACAGUGAUUACGAUGAUUCAGAAGAAGGAUUUAAGAGAUUAGAUUCUUCCAAGAAGAAGCAGGUAGUUAUUAAAGAUGGAAAAAUUAUGAAGGGAGAUAAACUGAGGGGUAAAGAUAAAGAAAUUGGCAGCAAUUUAAAGCUUUCACCAAAAAGUGGUUCAAGAACUCCAAAAAGAACAACAAAACCAUUAUCUGGUCCAUUGGCUGCUUUUCAACCAGGCGUUACUAGUACUUAUGAACCCACUAAUAUUUCACCACCAAGUCCAAGAAGCAAAGAUACAUAUAAAGUUAAUGGUAUUAAGCCUAUAGAUGUUGCAGCUCAUUUAAAAUUACUUGGUGAAAGUCUUACAAUCAUUGGCGAACGACUUAAAGAACACGAGGGACAAAUUGCUGUAUCUGGAAGUCUAUCUGUUUUAUUAGAUUCUCUCCUUUGUGCUCUUGGGCCACUAAUAUGUUUAACACAACAGAUACCAGAAUUACAGGAUAACUGCUGCAGUCCAGAAGAACUAUUGAGUACUUUGGACAAUGUGGCAUUUAUAAUGCCAGGACUUUAAAAUUAAAGUAAAUACAGUAUUAUUCACUUAUAUUAAUAAAAAUAACCAAACUUCUGUUUGAUCUAACGUUCUUGGUAAAUAAAAAAUGAAAUAGUUGAAAAA